GCCCAGACUUCCGAUUGGCGGGAGCUGAGGGGACCGAGCCGUCCACCAUUGGCCGCCGUCCGCCACGCCCUCCGCGCCUCCAUUGGCCGUAACGCUACCCAAGUCCCGCCCCCUUCUGGUUCGGCGCGCCUGAUUGGCUCUUGGCGCCGCACCGCGCCCCCUUGGCUGGCUGUUGCUGCCUGUGAGUGGACCCGGAAGCGCUGCCUGGGAGGCUGGAGCUGGGGUGCUGCCUGGCAUAUGGGGAUGGCAACCGGGGAGGAGAUGGCCCCAACCCUAGGUCCUGAGGAACUAAGUGCUGGCCUGGAGGAAGCAGCUCCUGGCUCCAUUCCCAGCCCCAGCCCUGGCUCUGGAGCCUCUCGUGGGGUGGAGGAGGCUGGGGGCCCGGGCUGGCGGGCACGGCGCAAGCACGUGUUUGUGUUGAGUGAGGCAGGGAAGCCCAUCUAUUCGCGCUAUGGCAGCGAGGAGGCACUCUCGGCCACCAUGGGUGUCAUGACGGCCCUCGUCUCCUUCGUGGAGAGUGGCCAUGAUGCCAUCCGCUCCAUCUGCUCUGAGGACCGGAAACUGGUGUUCGAGCAGCAGGGCCCACUGGUGCUGGUGUCGGUGUCACGCACACGACAGUCGGAGGGGCAGCUGCGCCGGGAGCUGCUGGCUGUGCAUGGGCAGAUCCUGAGUGUGCUGACACGUGGUGCUAUCGCCCGCCUCUUCCAGCGCCGCCAGGGCUAUGACUUGCGGCGCCUGUUGGCUGGCUCAGAGCGCCUGCUGGACGGGCUACUGGGCCAGUUGGAGAGCGAUGCUGGCUUCCUGCUAGGUGCUGUGCGCUGCCUGCCCCUGGCCCCCGGCCUCCGUGAUGCUCUUGGUGCCCUGCUCCAAAAGGCCACUGCCCCCAAUCUUGUCCUCUCGCUGCUGCUGGCUGGGCCUGGCUGGGGAGAGACUGGGGUGGUAGAGGGCAAGGGGGGGCAGGGGGUGAUGGAGAGGCAGGCAGGGCAGGACAAGGAGGGAGGGAUUCAACAGGAGGGGCAUAGAGAGCCAGUUCUACAGGGUGGGUCUAGGGAUGGGGAACUGAGAGAGGGGGUCCGACAGGGGUCUAGGGAGGAGUCUCAACAGGGGAUACCUAGGGAGAGGAAGCUGAAGGAGGAGCCUCAACAGGGGGUACCUAGGGAAGGGCUCCAAGUGGGAGUCCUGAGUGAGGGGGUUCAGGAGGGGGGGUUCAGCAAGCGGACUCAGCAGGGGGCCCCAGGGAAGAGGGUCCAGCAGGGGGUGCUGAGGGAGGAGCCUCAGCUUAUGGUGCAAAGAGAGGGGGGUCAACAGGAGGUGUCCAGGCAGGGGGAAGUGAGUGAGGGCUCUCAGCUGAGGGUACCUAGAGAGGGCUUUCAGCUUGGGCUACAAAGGCAGGAUUCUCAGCUGGGGGAUCCUAGGGAGGGCUCUCAGCCAGGGCUCCCAAGGCAGGAUCCUCAGCCAGGGGCUGCUAGGGAGGGCUUACAGCCAGGACCCCUGAGGCUAGAUUCUCAUCUGGGGUGGCCAAGGGAAGGUCCCCGUAGUCGGGGGGCACCGCUGGGGCAGCUGCAGCUGGUGGCUGCGGCACAGGAGGGGCCCCAGGGCUGCCUGCCCGGCCUAGUGGGGGCACUGCGGACACCUGCCUAUGGGGUGGGCGCCGUAGGGCUGCCUGAGUUGCGCCACUUCAUCUACAAGCCCCUUGACAUCCCUGACAACUACCGCCAGCUGCCCCAGUUCACCAGCCCAGAGCUAGAGGAGCCCUACUCCAGCGAGGAGGAGCGGUACCGCCUGUUUGACCUCUACCACUACCUACACAGCCGCAUCCACAGCUCCUCACGGCCCCUGCGCCUCAUCUACCAUGUGGCUGAGAGGGAAACGCUGCUGGCCUGGGUCACCAGCAAGUUCGAGCUCUACACCUGCUUCAGCCCACUGGUGACCAAGGCGGGUGCUAUCAACAUCCUCACCAAGCUGCUACGCUGGAUCAAGAAGGAGGAAGACCGGCUCUUUAUCCGCUACCCGCCCAAGUACUCCACCACACCUCACCCUGCCAAGGGCACUAAGGCACCCCGGCCUGAUGGGGCUGAAAAUGGCUUCUUCUCUGGGCUCUAGGCCUCUCCCACAGCUUUGGAAGAAGGGGGUGCUAGGGGAGAGUAACACCCCCUUCCGCCCUGUAUUUUGGGGGCAAGUAGCUAAUUUUAGGGCCCCUGUCCUCUUCCAGAGGGGGUUUGGACUUGUCUUGAGGAGAAAUUCUCUCCAUGCCACAGUGACCUGUGUUAUUUAUUGUACGGGCUGGGGGGAGGGGAGUGGCUAAGCCUGGAGCCAGGGUAUCAGGGUGGUGGGGGUAUCAGGCAUUUGCAGGGUGUUUAUUUGCCCUGGCCUGGGGCAAUAAAUCGCUGGCUUGCUUCUCAAGGUGAUGGGGGGGGCGUGCUGAGAGAAACAAGUUUGUCUUCUUUCCAUGUUUCCUUGGGCACCAAGUUAGCCAUGGCUUUCUUGAACUUGGGGCCAUGAAGCAUUUUUCCCUCUGCUUCAGAGGGAUUCAGGGGCAUUCCUCCCCCUUCCUAACAUUCUCCAGUUCCUUCUAAAUGGGUGUUUAACCAGUGGAGCCUGUGGUUUUGGUGUGUCCCCCACCCGCUGUGGGUAGGCCAGUCACCCCCGCCUCCACCCUGCCGUUGAGUUUGGGGUUCCCUGCUGCUUUUGAGGCCAGAAAUGCAGCCACCUCCUGGGAGAAACUAGAAUGACAUUGGUUCCUCCAACACACCCUGGCUCCUCCCUGUGUUUGUUACCCCCCCCCCCCCCCCCCCACCCGCACCCCCG